AUGGAGGAGAGGCAAAGCACCGUACAGGUAUUUACAGACGCAGACUUGGGUAGAGAGUUGUUACAGGACCGCGUCACGGCCAACGCUGAGGUUGUUUGUGCGGACGGUCCAGUCAUCGUAGCAAACUCCUACCACCUUUGCAAGAGCGCCUGGCUCAUGGAAGCCCUCGGCUGUGUACCUCAGGCACAGCAGAUAAGACGCAUCGAGCUCGUGUACAAUUAUCCCGUCCCGGGUCUCCGCUACGAUUUCCAGGCCGUCUACCCCAUGGUGCAAUACCUGCACUGCGCCGAGUACACGGAAUCCCAGGGUGCAGACGACGACCUCCUGAGGAACAUUCAUUUGCACAUCAAUAUGUAUGCGAUGGCAAACUCAUUCGGCAUUCCAGGACUCGAAGCCUACGCCAGCGACAAAUUAAAUAAGAUCAUGGAUCGGCUUGUUUUAGAUCCGAUCCUACACGAAAUGAUCCACGCAGUAUACGGCAAACCUCCCAGCAUCGUCAGCGGCAUCAAGUCGAGGCUCGUGGCUUACCUCGCAAAGAGAGCAUGUAUGCUAAAGAAGUUGAACAAGUGUACUGCCUUGAUGAGGAUCUACGGCGAUUGUGCUGUGGAUGUGCUGGAGGAACUGUCCAAGGAUUCUUACAUACUUCCAAGAUUGUGGACCUCAUCACAGCAGGUUGACCGUGGUUGA